AUGCAACCUCAACCAAUCUCCCCCGAGGCAGCGGAAAAUUCACUUUUUCUAAAGCUGGUACACUGGCACAAGCUUUUCGAAUCAGACACCCCACCCCGACUUGGUAUCGAUGUUGAAAAGCGCAUACAUUAUGCAACUCUCUCCGGAUUUGUUUCUGGAUUGGCCCUGGGAUAUGCUCAUGGUAGCAAAAGAGCAGGCCUAGUGUUCAGAGCAGAGAACGCGCAUCGAUUUCCAACAUCUUCCACCGGGUGGUUCCAAUAUCACAAGACAAAGAACUACAUCUCAAUUGUUGGUGGUGUGAAGGAUGGAGCCAAACUAGGACUCAGACUGGGGACAGGAGCGCUAGCAUUUUCCUUAUUUGAGGAGACAGUGGAUUAUGCCCGACAUGAUGAGCGAGACUUUUUGUCAACAGUGACGGCUGGCUUAGCAUUUUCUGGAAUCUACAGCUUACUGUCUCGCCAUGAUGUUUUUACAGCAGCCCGUACCGCAAAGCUUGGUUUGAAGCUGAGUUUGACAUAUGGUCUCCUGCAAGAUGCCUUGGAGACUAUGAAAGGAAACCGCCCGCGAUACCUAGAUUUCUUCCUGGGCAAGCGACAUUCUCAAUGA